AGCGCUUCUUCAGGAGUGGGACUCCAACUUUUAGUCUCUGUCUCUUUUUGCUGCUGCUCUUUUUUCACUCUCCGUGACCAUGAAGCUGCUGUGGGCGCUGUGUGUCGCGCUCUCCGUGUCCGUGACUGCCGAGCAGAAGUUGAGGAACUGUAACGAAGUUCGUGCUGCGUUCACGUCCAAAGGCUUGAACGUCAACGAUGUCCCCAACAAAGGAGUCCACGGAGCCUCCCUGAAAGUGUGUCCGCAGGGUUUCUCCUGCUGCACCGUGGAGCUGGAGGAGAAGCUGAGCCAGCAGAGCCACACGGAGAUCAAAGCCCCGGUGUCCAGGCUCAGCACCAGCCUGCAGUCCACCUUCAAACAGAGGCACGACCACUUUGACAAGUUUUUCCGGGAGCUUUUGAAAAAUGCCGAGAGCUCGCUGCACAACAUGUUUGUGCGGACGUACGGCAUGAUGUAUGUGCAGAACGCAGAGCUGUUCCACAAGUUCUUCGAGUCCCUAACGCAGUACUAUGUGUCGGGCAGCGCUGCCGUCAGCCUGGACUCCAUGCUGGCAGACUUCUGGGACGACCUGCUGGAGAGGAUGUUCCGGCUGGUCAACGUGCAGUACGAGUUCAGCGACGCCUACAUGGAGUGCGUGAGCCAGCACACGGAGCAGCUGCAGCCGUUCGGCGACGUGCCUCGGAAGCUGCGCAUCCAGCUGAUGCGCGCUUUCGUGGCCGCUCGCACCUUCGUGCGCGGCCUGGCGCUCAUGCCAACUGUGGUGGAUAAGGUUUCGACGGUCAGUGCGUCUCCCAGCUGUGUCCGGGCAGCCAUGAAGAUGUUGUACUGUCCCUACUGCUCGGGCCAAGUGGCGCUGAAGCCCUGCCAGAAUUACUGUCUGAAUGUGAUGCGGGGGUGUCUGGCUAACCAGGCGGACCUGGACGCAGAGUGGAACAACUUCCUGGAUGCCAUGCUUAGCCUGGCUGAGAGGCUUGAGGGUCCGUUUAAUUUCGAGUCCGUCAUGGACCCCAUCGAUGUCAAGAUUUCAGAGGCCAUCAUGAACAUGCAGGAGAACAGCAUGCAGGUGUCCCAGAAGGUUUUCCAAGGAUGUGGGGCACCUAAACCAAGCGCUGCCUUCCGAUCCAAACGUUCUGUGAAAGAAACGGGUUUUACCGGUCGUUUCCGUCCUUACAGUCCAGAGGCCAGACCCACAACUGCUGCUGGUACCAGUCUGGAUCGACUGACAAAUGAAGUGAAGAAGAAGCUGAAACAUGCCAAGAAGUUCUGGUCGACGUUGCCAGAAAGCGUCUGUGCAGACGAGAGGACUGCGCCUGGUGACGACUGCUGGAACGGUACAGCUAAAAGCAGGUACGAGUCCGUUGUCAUUGGCAACGGGUUGGCCAAUCAGGUGUCAAACCCAGACGUGGAGGUGGACAUCACAAAACCAGACGUUGUGAUCCGCCGGCAGAUUUCAGUCUUGAAGGAAAUGACGAGCUGGCUCAGAGCAGCGCACAGCGGCAAUGACAUCUCGUUUGAAACCGACGAGGACGGCAGCGGAGGGGAGGAGAGUGGCAGCGGCUGCGACUCCCCAUCAUGUGACAGGGAUAUGUACUUCCCCACCACACCGAGCAUCAGGAAACCCAAAGUUGAUCUGGUGCUCAAAAGUCCAGGGGAUGCCGGGGCGGCGUUGAAGGGCAGCAUGGCGCUGGCGUUGUGGGGGCUGGCCCUGGCUUUGCUCGCGCCUCACCUCAGAUAAAAGUACCCGAACAGAAAGGACCAGGAUUAUUCAGUACGAAGGGGAGAACCGUCAGAGAAACUUUAAAGACUGCCUUCAGGACCUCAGACUGUCCACUGUUGGAGGGGGAGGGGGGGACUCUUCUUAAUAUUACAGUAACUUCACUAUUAACUAUUUGUAUGUUUGUAAGGACAUGAGCAGUAUAAUGUUCUACCUGCUCCCUUAGACCCAUCUACACUCUGCUGGCUGCUUAGGAGCUGCGUCAUGGUUCUGUUCGCAGCGGAACAAACGUACAUUGGUCUGAGUUUGGCAAUUUAUUGUCAUGAUUGUAUUUGUGCCUUUUGGGGUGAUUUCCAUCUGAUGAACAUGGAGGAGCAUGUUCGGUCAGAUAGAAAGCACCUGUUUUGGAGCAUCUUUACCUUUCUGAGGAUGCUCGUCAUUUAUUCACACAUGAAAGGAUUGAAGCGCAAAUGGAACUUAAUGUUGCGAUGGAUGUUGAUGAUUCACAGCAGCUGUUUUGUGUGUUUUUAAACGCACACCUUGAAUGUUCGUGAAAGUUUUGAAACUUUGCUUCUUGCUUCGGUCAAGGAGCAGUUUCAGAAAUACGAGGAGAUGAGUCACAACACGGUGUCUGACGCACACACGGAGUCAUUCUUUACGAGAGCCCAAACAUUUUUCACAUCUGCAUUACAACAACCAGUCUUUUCAUUCUCUUAUCGCCUCAUCUCCUCAGCUUAGGCCGUUGGAAGGUAACGUCGUACCUCGUGUAUACGCUCGUUGUCGGUGCAGAGCUGAAAGUGUCUGACAGAGUUGUGUUCCCCCUGCCCUGACCCCAGAGGAAGGUGAAGUCUUGAAUGCCCUCACACACACACACACACACAUCCCACUCGUUGGUGCUGCAGGUUUCAGUUCAGCACAGACUCCAUGUGGUCUUAACAUGUUAUUGAAGAGAAAAUGACAACGUGGAUGUUCAGAGCAUUUCACAUCGAACCAGAGAAGAGAAUUCAGAUGGUUUUGAUACAGGGUUUAUGUCAAGGAGGUGUAAUUUUUUAGCUUAUUUUUGGUAUAAAGAUAUAUAUUUGGUACUACAGUGGAUUUUGCUGUUAUAGUUGUAGGUGGAAGAGGACAGAGUGCAGAUUCACAACAUCCUUGUCCCAAAAAGCGCAUUCCUUUUCCUCUUUAAACGGCCUGUGUGAGUGUAAAUGAACUGAAUCGUUUAGUCUGCCUGUUCUCGUUGUUUCACCUGGAGGUGGAAACUUGAGGUGAUUUUCCAUCUUUGGUACAUUAUUAGCAUCUUUUCAUUGUUACAAAAAGAAAAGACUGGAGAUGUUGAUACGCUCUGAUCUGUCUGCACCAAUUCCCUGAAGCACAAUGAGCAAUCGUGUUUAUCUUGUUUGAUUUGUCAGGUCUGAGUUGCUUCACCUGGCCUUUUCAAUUCCAAAGUGGCGCUGCCUCUCUGCUUCUGUACAGUAACUUGUGCCUGUAUUUUAAUGUAAUUGGGGAAUGAAAUAUUUCAGAAUUGACAUAUUGUCCCAAAUAUCUUGUCCUUUGAAAUGCACAGUAAGGUUUUGAAAACUAAGUAAUUUAUUAUACAGAUCAUAUUUUAGACAUUUAAAUAUUUUAGCCAAUACGAGGGAUAAAAGUCUGCAUUUUUCUGGACAUUUAGAAACACUAGAUUUAAAAAAACACCUCUUGCUUUUGAAAUUGACAGGUUGAGUUAUCUUACAUGACAUUUUCUUCAAGUUCCACCUUCGUGUAAAGAAUCUGACUUUGAAGGAUUUGAUGAAACAUCUAUGCAAACCACGUCAAGGACUGAAGCCUUAAAAUCUCAGAGCUGAGCUCCGGCAGCUUCAGUCGGCAUUACCUUUGUCUCCAAACAUUUCUGCGAGGGUCCGUGCAUGUGUCGGUGUCGCUUUGGAAGACUUGUCUCGAACGUGGAGGAAACUGAGGUCACAGGAAACGUUUCGGGUGACGAUGGUGAAUGUCUUUGCGUGCAGGCCGGGGGCAGCAGUGUCCUCUGACUGGACGGGCGCUCCGCCUGCUGGAUGUUUGACUGGCAGAACAGCGUGGAGUCGGACGGGUGAUGCAGUGUUUCCACCUGCCUUUGGCCCACAGAACCUGAAAGGACUCGCUUUCUGAUGAAAGAGUGACUGAAAAGAAUGAAAAAGUGUGUAAAUAGAGCGCAGCCGUUUUUAGAUGUCUCUAAAAGAGGCCGUAACAGUACACCAGAUUUUUACUUGUCAGAGUGUCUCCUAAAUGUUAUGAAAGAUAAAGA